UGUGCAUGUAGCACAUGUGAAUAAUUGUGAUAGUAAAUUGUACAUGUUAAUAAUUGUUAAUGAUUAAAAUAUUAUGUCGAUAUUGUAAUAAAAGUUAUAAAUACAAAAUAUUAUUAAAUAUUGUAAAAAUUGUGUGUUCGUAGCUGAUGCCGUGUAUUAUUUCGUUGUAAUUGUUGUACAGAAAUAAGAACUAUUAAAAUGGCUAGCGAGGAAGUUCAAAAGCAAUUCCAACGAGAGCUGGAUGCAUUUAAACAAUGCCAGAAAGAAGUUAAUCAGUUAGCGGGUAUGCGGCAACAGCUUGAUGCGCAAUUAAACGAAAAUUCAAUUGUCAAAGAAGAACUGGCGUUAUUGAAAUCUACCGGCGAGGUGUACAAAAUGGUCGGUCCCAUUUUGUUACGCCAAGAUCACACGGAGGCAAAAGAAAAUAUCGAGAAACGAAUGGGCUACAUAAAAAGUGAAUUACAAAGAAUCGAUGGCCGAAUACAGACGUUGGAGACCAAGCAAGAUGAACACCGUGAAAAGUUGACCAAGUUACAGCAGAAGUUCCAAGCUCAACAAGCAAAUGCCAACUAAUUGCCUUGUUAUAACAAUAUAAGCCGAAGUAUUUCUUGUUUGUUUUACUCGUGUGUUAACAACAGAAAAAAACAUACUAAUAUUUUAUGGUAACAAGAUUUUUUUACUUUUAUUUAUUGUAUACUAAUAUGUUAAAAAAAGUCUAAUAUAUAAUUGAAAAUAUAACAAGAUUUGUUCUUUGUGAA